GAUGAACGAGGGUACAGCGGGAAACAUCUGUUACAAUCUUUAACUGAUGACAAUUUGGAUUUCAUGCAAAAAGGAUUAUUGUUGGAUUUUGAGAGAGGAAAUAUACUCAGGGUGAGUCCAGAUGGUGUUAUUUGCAGAGCUUGUCAUGGGACACAUUUGUUAAGUACAGAUCAAAUAAGGAAGAUAUAUCCUGAACAAAGAUGGGAAUUUACUGAUAUCUUCUGUAACGAUAUGCUGGCAACUUGGAAUGGACCUUUAUCUGAGAAAAUAAGGAGCCUACUGGAUUAUUUUGACAUAUCAGCAAGUAUUGUAUUUGCACGAGCUGUGGAUACACUUGAUGAAGAGCAUGGAUCAGUUUUAAAUAAAUAUAACGUUUGGCCUGACAUAUUAGAUGGAUUAAACUAUCUGUUCUCUAGAGAACAUUUUCAAUCGGAUAAAGGGAUUUUUGGUCAUCUUAAAAAGAAUCCAGAGAAAUAUUUGCGUAAAUGUAGUACAGAAACAAUGUCAUGGUUGAAAGAAGUAAAAAAAAUAUCCGCAACUUUUCUUCUUACGGGAUCAAAUGCAGAUUUUGUGAACUUUACUGCGAGUUAUGCUCUUGGUGAGAACUGGAGGUCCUUUUUUGAUAUUGUUGUGUGUUAUGCUAGAAAGCCGGGUUUCUUUAUUAACAAUCGACCGUUCUUUAACGUUGUGAACAAUGAUGAAACUAAUAUUGUGUGUCAAGAUUUGAAACAAGGUGGAAUGUAUAGCCAAGGAAAUUGGACUGAUCUAUUAAAAUUUUUUACUCAUAUAACGAAAGAAACUAAGCAGCGAUGCUUAUACAUUGGCGAUAAUCUUGUACAAGAUAUAUAUGUACCAAAUGCAUUUGCACAUUAUGAUACAUUAGCUGUAAUCGAGGAACAAAUGUCAGAAGGGAUGAUUCAUCAUGGAUCGUCUCAUCCAGAUGAGAAAAUUUUAAAUUCAAAAUUGUGGGGAUCUUACUUUUGUUUGAAAGAUUCGACAAUCAAUGUUGACUCUUUGUGGGGGCAUGUAAUAAAGAAACACGCAAAGCUGUGUAUACCAGAAAUUGAUGUAAUUGUACAGAAAUCUUUAGAAGAACCUAUUCAUUGUUUUGAUAAAGAUGGAAAAUCCUAUCAUGGAUAUUAUCCUGCUAGACCACUUAGUAUAUCAACAUUGUAAUAUAAGAAUGACAAUAACAUGAGUAUUGCCAUUCCUUUACAUUUGUAGCAAAAGUCACAUUUUUUAUAUGGAAAACUUUACUGACGAUUUUAAAUACUAAGCAUGUAACUUUUAAAAAUAAUUGACUUUAAAUAUAUAGCAUUUAAAAAUAUCUUGGGAUUACUUUACAUUAUUGUCAAAUUGUUUCAGUUUGUAAUAAAAAUAUCAAAAAAUGGUUACUCUUGUUGCAUUGUAUUUAGUCAUCUAAUGAAAAUGUAUUAUAAUUUAAGAUACGGAUUAUAUCAGCUAUCACGGAACAGUUAAAACGAUUAGGAGGUCCACAAAGGGAACUGAAGGAUACGAAACGCACAUUCAAAACUAAA